AUGACUGGAGGUGGAAAUGGAAGGAUAUACCUUGCCCUUGAUGAGCCUCCCUAUUUGACAGUGGGCACUGAUGUGAGUGCUAAAUACAGAGGAGCCUUUUGUGAAGCAAAGAUCAAGACAGCAAAAAGACUUGUCAAAGUCAAGGUGACCUUUAGACAUGAUUCUUCAACAGUGGAAGUUCAGGAUGACCAUAUAAAGGGCCCACUGAAGGUAGGAGCUAUUGUGGAAGUGAAGAAUCUUGAUGGUGUGUAUCAAGAAGCAGUUAUCAAUAAAUUAACAGAUGCAAGUUGGUACACUGUAGUUUUUGAUGAUGGUGAUGAGAAGACACUGAGACGGUCUUCACUGUGCCUGAAGGGAGAGAGGCAUUUUGCUGAAAGUGAAACAUUAGACCAGCUCCCACUCACCAACCCUGAGCAUUUUGGCACUCCAGUCAUAGGAAAGAAAACAAAUAGAGGAAGAAGAUCUAAUCAUAUACCAGAGGAAGAGUCUUCAUCAUCCUCCAGUGAUGAAGAUGAGGAUGAUAGGAAACAAAUUGAUGAACUACUAGGCAAAGUUGUAUGUGUAGAUUACGUUAGUUUGGAUAAAAAGAAAGCACUGUGGUUUCCAGCAUUGGUGGUUUGUCCUGAUUGCAGUGAUGAGAUUGCUGUGAAAAAAGAUAAUAUUCUUGUUCGAUCUUUCAAAGAUGGGAAAUUUACUUCAGUGCCAAGAAAAGAUGUUCAUGAAAUUACUAGUGACACUGCACCAAAGCCUGAUGCUGUAUUAAAACAAGCUUUUGAUCAGGCACUUGAAUUUCACAAAAGUAGAACUAUUCCUGCUACCUGGAAGACUGAAUUGAAAGAGGAUAGCUCUAGUAGUGAAGCAGAGGAAGAAGAGGAGGAGGAAGAUGAUGAAAAAGAAAAAGAGGAUAAUAGCAGUGAAGAAGAGGAAGAAAUAGAACCAUUUCCAGAAGAAAGGGAGAACUUUCUUCAGCAGUUAUACAAAUUUAUGGAGGACAGAGGUACACCUAUUAACAAACGACCUGUACUUGGAUAUCGAAAUUUGAAUCUCUUUAAAUUAUUUAGACUUGUGCACAAACUUGGAGGAUUUGAUAAUAUUGAAAGUGGAGCUGUUUGGAAACAAGUGUAUCAAGAUCUUGGAAUCCCUGUCUUAAAUUCAGCUGCAGGAUACAAUGUUAAAUGUGCUUAUAAAAAGUACUUGUAUGGUUUUGAGGAGUACUGCAGGUCGGCUCAUAUUGAAUUUCAGAUGGCAUUGCCAGAGAAAGUUCUUAACAAGCCAUGUAAAGAGUGUGAGGAUGGAAGAGAAAUGAAAGUUAAAGAAGAAAAUGAAAUAGAGAUCAAAGAAGUGAAGGUUGAAGAGGAGAGGAAUGUAAUACCAAAAGAAGAGAAGCCUACUGAGGAUGACAUUGAAAGAAAGGAAAAUAUUAAACCCUCUCUGGGAAAUAAAAAGAAUUUAUUAGAAUCUGUACCUACACAAUCUGAUCAGGAAAAGGAAGUUAACAUUAAAAAAUCAGAAGAAAGUGAAAAUCUGGAAGAUAAAGACACUGAUAUAAAUAGGAUAGACGAAUCCCUCAGCAUAAAGGUAGAAGCUGAAGAAGAAAAAGCAAAAUCUGGAGAUGAAACGAAUAAAGAGGAAGAGGAAGAUGAUGAAGAAGCAGAAGAGGAGGAGGAGGAGGAGGAGGAAGAAGAAGAGGAAGAGGAUGAAGAUGAUGAUGACAACAAUGAGGAAGAGGAGUUUGAAUGCUAUCCACCAGGCAUGAAAGUCCAAGUGCGGUAUGGACGAGGGAAAAAUCAAAAAAUGUAUGAAGCUAGUAUUAAAGAUUCUGAUGUCGAAGGUGGAGAGGUCCUUUACUUGGUGCAUUACUGCGGAUGGAAUGUGAGAUAUGAUGAAUGGAUUAAAGCAGAUAAAAUAGUAAGACCUGCCGAUAAAAAUGUGCCAAAGAUAAAACAUCGGAAGAAAAUAAAGAAUAAAUUAGAUAAAGAAAAAGACAGAGAUGAAAAAUAUUCUCCAAAAAACUGUAAACUUCGACGUUUGGCAAAACCACCAUUUCAGACAAAUCCAUCUCCUGAAAUGGUAUCCAAACUGGAUCUCACUGAUGCCAAAAACUCUGAUACAGCUCAUAUUAAAUCCAUAGAAAUUACUUCCAUCCUUAAUGGACUUCAAGCUUCUGAAAGUUCUGCUGAAGACAGUGAACAGGAAGAUGAAGGAGGUGCCCAGGACCUAGAUAAUAAUGGCAAAGAGGAAUCAAAGAUGGAUCAUUUGACACAUACCAGAAAUGAACUUAUUUCAAAAGAAGAACAGAACAGUUUGUCUUUGCUGGAAGAAAGCAAAGUCCAUGCAGAUUUGGUAAUGUCCAAACCAGUAUCUAAGUCUCCAGAAAGAUUAAGAAAAGACAUAGAAGGAAUAUCAGAAGAUACUGAUUAUGAAGAAGAUGAUGAAGUCACAAAAAAGAGAAAAGAUGUCAAGAAGGACAUAACUGAUAAAUCUUCAAAGUCACAAAUAAAACGUGGGAAAAGGAGAUAUUGCAACACAGAGGAUUGUUUAAAAACGGGAUCACCUGGUAAAAAGGAAGAGAGGGCCAAGAGCAAAGAAUCACUUUGCAUAGAAAACAGUAGCAACAGCUCUUCAGAUGAAGAUGAUGAAGAAAAAUCGAAAGCAAAGAUGACACCAACGAAGAAAUACAACGGUUUGGAGGAAAAAAGAAAAUCUCUGCGGACAACUGGUUUUUAUUCAGGAUUUUCAGAAGUAGCAGAAAAAAGAAUAAAACUUUUAAAUAAUUCUGAUGAAAGACUUCAGAACAGCAGGGCUAAAGAUCGGAAAGAUGUCUGGUCAAGUAUUCAGGGACAGUGGCCUAAAAAAACACUGAAGGAGCUUUUUUCAGACUCUGAUACUGAAGCUGCAGCAUCCCCACCCCAUCCUGCUCCAGAAGAAGGGGCAGCAGAGGAAUCACUGCAGACUGUGGCUGAAGAGGAGAGUUGUUCACCUGGUGUAGAGCUAGAAAAACCACCGCCAGUCAGUGUCGAUAGCAAGCCCAUUGAAGAAAAAGCAGUAGAAGUCAGUGACAGAAAAGCAGAAUUUCCAAGUAGUGGCAGUAACUCAGUGCUCAAUACUCCUCCUACUACACCAGAAUCGCCUUCAUCAGUCACUGUUACAGAAGCCAGUCAGCAGCAGUCUUCUGUUACAGUGUCGGAGCCCCUGGCUCCAAACCAAGAAGAGGUUCGGAGUAUCAAGAGUGAAACUGACAGCACAAUUGAGGUGGAGAGUGUCGGGGGAGAGCUGCAAGACCUCCAUUCUGAAGGGAAUAGCUCACCUGCAGGCUUUGAUGCCAGUGUGAGUUCCAGCAGUAGCAAUCAGCCAGAACCAGAACAUACUGGAAAAGCCUGUACGGGUCAGAAAAGAGUGAAAGACGCUCAGGGAGGAGGCAGUUCAUCAAAAAAGCAGAAAAGAAGCCAUAAAGCAACAGUGGUAAACAACAAAAAGAAGGGAAAAGGCAGUGCCCCACAUUGACCUCCUGCUGCUCUUCCAGGAGACUUCCUGCCACCUCCACUGCCUGACCUUUGCUAGCAGCCGGCUUGGCUGCACUUCAGUGCAGAAAAGGGUUAUUCGGCCAGCUCCCCGAGGUUCUGCUGAGCCCAUAUGACUUCCAGGCGCAAACAGUAGUGAUAGUGAAGAACUUUCAGCUGGUGAAAGUGUAAGUAAGACUCAGCCAGUCAAAUCAGCCUCCACUGGAAUGAAG